AUGUCGAAAACUCUUCCUCCACCACCAACAUUAUUCUUCCCUUCCAUAGUAUUCUGCUCCACCCUCUUCUUCCUUCUCUUCCUCCUUCCACCAACAUCAGCCCAAGAAGUUGAUGACGAGAGAGAGUUCGAUUACGUGGUAGACAGCGAGAGAGGGCCGUCUAGAUGGGGAGAAAUGCACCCAGAAUGGCGCAGUUGCAACAAUGGCACGAUGCAGUCUCCGAUCGACAUGUUGAACGACAGGGUCGACGUCGUCUCCCAUUUGGGCAGGCUCAACAGAAGCUACAGUGCUGCCAAUGCGACUCUCAAUAACAGAGGCCACGACAUGAUGUUGAAGUGGGAAGGUGAUGCAGGGAGCAUUCACAUCAAUGGAACUGACUACGUUCUCCGUCAGUGUCACUGGCACUCUCCUUCUGAACACAGUGUUAAUGGGAGGAAGUAUGCCAUGGAGGUUCACAUGGUUCAUGUGAGUGAGGACGGGAAGAUUGCUGUGGUUGGGAUUUUGUACACUAUUGGGAGGCCCGACUCGUUCCUUGAAUCGAUAUAUGAUCAUUUGGAGGAUAUUUCUGGAAUUGAGAGAGACGAGAGGGUUGUUGGACUGGUGGAUCCAAAGGACAUUAAGAUCGGGAGUAGGAAAUAUUACAGAUAUAUCGGCUCUCUCACUAUCCCUCCUUGCACCGAAGAUGUUUCUUGGACUAUUGUGAAGAAGGUCAGGACCGUCUCUAGAAAACAACUGAGAGUGCUCCGCGUAUCUGUGCAUGAUGAUGCAAACACGAACGCUAGGCCAAUACAGCCGAAAUUCGGAAGGAAGGUGGAACUCUUCAGACCAGAAGACAAUGUGCAAAGCCAAGAUGAUUCCAUUAGUAAUUAG